AUGGCCACCUCGACCACGGUACCGAAGCCGAGCCCGAGCCCAAGCUCCAUACAGACGACAACAACACCGGUCGUGGCCGACCGCGAUCGUAUCCUCCAGCCGGACGAGGUCACCGACCGCAUCGCCCAGGGCCAGACCAUUGUCAUCUACCAGGACUAUGUCCUGCGCCUCGACAGCUGGCUCGAUCGCCACCCCGGUGGCCGCUUGGCCAUCUUGCACAUGGUCGGCAAGGAUGCCACCGACGAGAUUGAAGUGUAA